CCAGGGUGGCAGAAGAUGGUUUGGAUGGCCUUGUAGAGGGUAUACCAGUCUGGCCUGUCAUAUAUUACUGUAUCCGUUGUGGGGAUCUAAAUGCUGCUAUGAUCACAACAAAUAAUGCUGCCCAGAGUCUUGGUGAGUUCAGUGAAUACCUUGAAGAAUACAUGCACAAUGACGAUAGAAGGUUAUCACCCAGUACAGAGACUAAACUGAGGCUACAUUAUAGGAGAGCUGUUAGGAACAGUACAGAUCCAUUCAAGAGGGCUGUGUACUGUUUGCUUGGACGAUGUGAUACAAUGGACAACCAUGCUGAGGUUUGCGAGAAGACUGAAGAUUAUCUAUGGCUCAAGUUAAGUCAAGUUCAGUUUGGCGAGUCUCCGUCGUCAUCAUCAUCAAGUAGCCAAGGUUCAUCUGAUAGACUAACCCUUCAACAACUCCAAACGACACUCUUAGAAGAAUAUGGAGAAACACACUUCAGUGCACAUCAGAAUCCGCACCUUUACUUCAAGAUCCUGUUCCUAUCUGCUCAAUUUGAGGCUGCUAUUGAGUUCUUAUCCAGACAUGAUAAUGGUCUAAGAAGCCAUGCUGUUCAUUCUGCCAUCGUUCUACAUGAGCUUGGUCUCCUGGCAUUACCUCAGAACAUUCAGGCACAGCUCUUGAGUCGAGAUCCACAAGACCCACUUCCAAUGCAUAGACUCAACUUUGUUCGUCUCAUCAGCAUGUAUACAUCCAAGUUUGAAUCCACAGACCCACGAGAAGCUCUUCAAUACUUUUACUUGCUCAGGAAUCUUAGGGAUGCGAAUGGAAAGAGUUACUUUGUGCGUUGCUUGAGUGAGCUUGUCAUCGAGACGAGGGAAUUUGAGACGUUGCUGGGACGUAGAGAGAGGGAUGGGGCAAGGAGACCCGGAGCCGUCGACAAGUUUCAGGAGGAUACUCAGAGCAUCAUUGAGACGGUUGCUAUGGAUACAGAGACCAAAGGACUGUUUGAGGAUGCUCUGAAGCUACAUGACCUUGCUGGGAACACAGAUAAGGUUCUUGAGCUGAUGAACAGACUGCUGAGUCCCACCAUUGCAUCAUCAAACAGCCCGCAGUCCAACAGAGAGAGGUUACAAGCCCUGGCACUCAGCAUUGCAGAGAGGUAUCAAUCCAAAGGUCUGACGGGUAGUCCAGCAAACACCAAGUCCUUCUAUCUCCUCCUUGACCUCAUGACCUUCUUUGAUGCGUACCACAAUAGAGAUCUGGACAGAGCAUUAUCGACAAUCCGUCAACUUCAGAUUAUAGCUCUCAGUCCUGAAUCAGUUGAUGAUAGAGUGCAUGGAUUCAAACAGUACACUGAUGAGAUUAGAAGAAGUCUUCCAGAUGUUCUCCUUGCCACGAUGACUAUCCUAUACACCAAGUAUCGAUCAUGUCGUAGCAGUGGAACACAAAGUCCUCAAGCUAGAGCUGGCCAACGUCAUGAAAAUGGAGGAAAGGAAUCUUUCUUGGCCCACCUGAGGAAGCAAGCCAAGGCUCUGAUCACCUUUGCUGGGAUGCUGCCUUACAGGAUGCCAGGAGAUACCAAUGCACGCCUUGUACAGAUGGAGGUCCUGAUGAACUAAUUAAUCAGACCAUUAAUCAGACCAUGGGCCCGUAACACAAAGCUUAGCAAUCAUGGUAGAAGAAUGCCUUUACGAUUGAUUGGAUUGUCUACAAUGUACAAUCAAUCUUGAAAAUCAAUCGUAUGAUCAAUUGCUAACCUUUGUGUUACAGGACCCGUGUCUCAUCAUUUUGGUGAUACCAUUACAUUCCUUGAAGUCAUAAUGAACUGAAGCCUUUAGGGACAACCUUCCAGAAUGCUUAAAGAUGUUGUCAGCGUUCAUCCAAACCAUCGUAUCAGUCAAUUUCGGUUAAAAAAAAUUGAUUUUGAGAUUUUUGCAGAAAAUGAAUGUACAAGCCCUCUUCUAUUCAUAACUGAAUUUAUUUUAGCUUCUGAGAUAUGAGGGGAUUUUCAUGGCGAUGCCAUACAAAUUUUUAAUGAAAUGCGCAAAUCCCAUUGGAAACGUGUACUGUAGCAUAGGGAUACCUUUUGACUGACCGUGAUUACUAUGCGCGCAGUCAACCAAACUGUCGUAUAGGCCAUCUGCACUGCAUUGACUUUGCACGUGAAAAGCGAUACAACGUUUUGACUGACUGCACGCAUUGAAAUCGCGGUCAGGGUUGUUGUAUUCCCUAUGGCGUUUUUGUACAGGGGAAAUCUAAACCGCUCAAACCGAAAUUACAAGCAUGGAGCUCUUUUGCGAUAUUUUCUAUGAUCCUUGGUUUUGUGUAAAAAUAAGGAUACCAUUGUCAAGCAAUUGUCUUGGUCUUUCCAACCAUGCAUUUUUCUAGCAAUGAAUAUGUUGUAAGGCUGGAGAACUAAGUGUGAAAAUUAUAGUAAACUUUGAAGUCGAUUUUCUCUGAAAUGGGUUUGCACCGUCGUAUGUGGAUACGACGGUACGGAUGAUCGCCGACUAUAUGAGCAUCAUUAUUAGGGAAUGUUUUGGGGAUACGAUCCCAGCUGAACUGGUGCAUUAUUUGUUUGAUUAUUCAAUGCGAUGCAAAUCACUGUUGAAAUGGCCAAGACUCUUAAGACCCCUUGCAUGGGUCUUACUGUUAAUUGCAACUGUGUUACCAAUAAUAACAAGCUUUCAUUUUGGAAGACAGGUGCUUCUACAAGAAUUGACAACUGUAAUAAUGACUAUGGUUUGAUUUAUUUAAUGUUUUUUUUCCAGAGGAUGUAAAGCGCAAGUAAAUCAUAUCAAGUGUUAGGACAAGGACACGCUCUUGUUAAGGAAAUAAAAAAGUAUCAUGUGACCAGAACUCUAUGGUCAUGUUGUUUUCAGCCUAACAUCGAUUCACCCUCUAUAAAAAGUCAUAGAAAGUGGAGGACAAAUGAAACUUUGGAUUUGGGCCCAUUUACAGAUGGUUCAAUUUCAUCAUUGUAUGAGCAUCCGUCAAGUCAAGUGGAAGGUUCUUAAUAGCUUACCUUGUAACAUCUCUAAAUAUUAAACCAAUGAGGGUACUCUUUGUGUUCAGUUUAUUUAAUGGAGGUCUAAAUGUGGAUACAAUCCAUUUUCCUCACAAUAUGUAUUAAAAUGAAUUCAAUCUCAGCUGAAAUUGUCCCAUAGAUUUGAUCUGUCUUAUUAAAUUGUAAAAUGUUAUGUAUUUUGUUUUCACUUCAAUCAUGGAGGUGGUGUACAUCUAAAUGUUGGUUCUCUUCUCUUUCAGGAAAGGAAAAAUAAUUAUUACAUAUUAUACCUUGACUAAAUCAAUUCCUAUAUUUUGUUGAAUUUCAUGACUAUAUUCGAUUCAAUGAAUUGAAAAUGUUGAGUCCGAUGAUGAAUCUUUAUCCUUGCGCUCGAAGUGUUACCCUCCACACCCUAGUGGGGUAGGUGUGGCACAGUGCUUGACAAUCAAAGGGUCCCCUGGUUAGGAGGGUCCUUUCUUUAGGACGUCUUGACUGGGGGCUGAGGACUCACAUCAACAAGUCAUUAUUUUCUCUAUCAGGGUCUGGGGGGGGGGUGAUAUUGGAAAAUCUAUUGGAAUAAAAAAAUGAUUGCAAGUUCAAUUUAAGCCUUAUUCAAACAUGAUUCUACACAACUCGCCAUGUAUAUAUGGUGUUUAUACAUGAAAUUUUUGUGUCGUGAGUUCGUCCCCGCAACUUUGAACAAAACUAAUAUUGCAGUUUACUAGAUUUUCCAAGAAAUGCACAAUUUGGUCUGAAACAUUACUUCCAAUUAAGGCCAUUAUUCGACUUUGAGAAGGUGGACUCUCACUGACUCAACUAUUCUUUGGGUGGCUUUAUACUUUGUAAUAAAAAUCAACAACAGUAGAUUGAAUCUUUUUGGUUGUAUUUUGUUACCCACUCUCUUUUGGAAGAGAGGUAAAAUUACACAAGAUAUCCGAAUCAAAAUUUCUUGUAUGAUUUCAGAUCUUUUUGCUAUAAAGUAAUUUAUUAAUUUGGUAUUCCUUUAUAGUACAGUAUUAAAGUUUGAGGCAGUGAAGCCACGUGAAGAAGGCAUCUAACAUGGCAUUGUCAUUUAUAAGUCAAUACAUAAAAUGUGAAUAUGUAAAUCAUGUGGGUUGUGUCUAUGCUAGAUACAGUAAAAAUGAAAUCAAUAUUUGAUGUAAAGUUGCUUUGAAAAAGUGAAUUUGUUAAUAAAAUGUUUCAUAGAGAAAUUGUAAAUUUUA